AUGUGCGUACGGAAAAAGAAGAAGCCAAAACCCACCUCGAAAGCGUCCGCCAAACCACCGAUCAAGAAGCCAGCAGUAGUUGGAGGGCCCGUCAAACCAAGAGUACUCCCAGCGCCAGCAGCAGCACCACCACCGCCGGCCACUCCCGUCAAGCCAACUCCGGCUCCGUCGCCACAGCCGACCCCUGCGGUGGCGCCAAAACCGAAGAAGCAUCCGGAACCUCGGUCAAUGAUGCACGUGAUGCGCACACAAAUUUCCGACGCACCGACGAUACGCGCAUUCGAAGUCAAGUCACUUACAAACCGCUCCAAGUUCGUCUACCACCCCGACCAGGCGGAAGUGUUCGAGAAUUGUGCAUUUGCCCCUGCAGCCCCGAAGACGAGUGUUGCCGCGCUGUUCAACGCCGGCGGCGGCCCGGAUCGCAGUGGGGCUAUGCCACCGGAUGAGGAUACCGUUGCCGAAGUUGAUCGCCGCCUGAAAUCGUUUAUAUUUCCACCCUUGCUGCGACCUCUUCCUUCUGAAGUCCAUAGGAUUACUCCGCUUGAUGAGAGGACGUGCCAGGAGUCGAAGAGGGAAAACGAAGCGCGCGAGCUGCAACUAGCCACAUGCACCCAGGGAUCAGAGAUCAACAUUCACGUCAACAUUCAACGCACGAAUAAGGUGUCGCAACAACAAAAACCUAAUGCACCGGUGGCGCCGACCAUGAAGCCGGCAAAAUUCACAAAGGCGGAUAAGGGCAAGGGACGACGCGAACCAACGAUGACCGCGACGACAAACACGGUGGCCUCGGCCCAACUGGCCGGCGUGGCCACGAAGAGCGGCAUCGUCGCCAAGAGCGGUCUGACCGGAAGAAGCCGUGAGGCCCACGUCGUGAAGAGCGGCAUGGCCAAAAGCGGCAAGAAGACG